AUGGAGCUGAGCUUCAGCCUGUCGGCGCUGCCGCUGCUGCGGCAGCACGACUUCGAGCGGCGCUUCGACGAGCGGGAGGCGAUGCGAUGGAUGCGGGACAACUGGCAGAAGACUUUCUUAUUUGCUGUGGCUUAUAUGGUACUGAUCUUCAGUGGCCAACGUGUCAUGAAGGAACGGACAGGCUACAAGCUGCGCACAGUACUGGCCCUGUGGUCCCUCAGUCUGGCCUUGUUCAGUGCCAUUGGGACCCACCGGUCCUGGAAGUAUGUGGCCUUCGUUCUCUCUACAGAGGGAUUUAAGCAAUUGGUGUGUGAUCAAACCUUCUACAUUCACCCCACCACUAAACUUUGGGCCUAUUUAUUUGUGCUGAGCAAAGUCCUGGAACUGGGUGACACUGUGUUCAUUGUUCUCCGGAAACAGAGGCUCAUGUUCCUCCACUGGUACCACCAUGUUGCUACACUGAUCUACAGCUGGUUUGCCUAUAAGCAGUCAGCACCAGGCGGUGGCUUGUUCAUUACCAUGAACUUCACUGUCCAUACUUUCAUGUAUUCCUACUAUGCCAUGCGAGCAGCAGGCUUUUGGGUACCCCGCUACAUCGCCAUGGUGAUCACCUUUUUACAGAUUCUGCAGAUGCUGGUAGCUGUGAUAGUGAACAUCUUACUCCUCUUCUGGAUGGAGAAUGAGAUCUACCACACCACCUGGUCAAGUGUUUUAUUUUCAUCUGUGAUGUACCUCAGUUACUUGGUGCUCUUCUGCAACUUCUUCUCCAAGACUUACUUGACAAGUGCAAAGAAAUCGAAGAGAGAAUAA